CAUAAAAGAAAAAAAAACUUAUAUUCUCAUAAAUUCAUUCGUAAUAAUAAUCUCUCCAUUAUUUCUCUACUCUACUCUCUCUCUAACAAUCUCUGGGUAGAGAUUUCUUUCUUCCAUUCUUAUUGAGUUUUGAUUCUUCUGAGAAUCGCUCAUAGUCUCAAAAACCUUGAUAUCAGUAGUAGAUAUGGCUGCGGCAACAUCUGGGUUAUGGCAACCACAAGAAGAAGGUUUAAGAGAGAUCUGUGCUUUACUUGAACAACAUAUAUCUCCUACUUCUGAUAAAACUAGGAUUUGGCAACAACUUCAACACUGUAGUCAAUUCCCUGAUUUCAAUAACUAUCUCACUUUCAUUCUCGCUCGUGCUGAGGGCACACUUGUAGAAAUACGGCAGGCAGCUGGUUUGCUUCUGAAAAAUAAUCUGAGAACUGCUUUCAAAUCCUUGACCCCAUCAUAUCAGCAGUAUAUAAAGUCAGAAUUGUUACCCUGCUUAGGGGCAUCAGAUAGGCACAUCAGAUCUACUGUUGGGACAGUUAUCAGUGUUAUCAUUCAACAAGGAGGAGUACCUGGCUGGCCCGAACUCUUGCAAGCUCUUCUACAUUGCUUGGACAGUAAGGAGUUAAAUCACAUGGAAGGUGCAAUGGAUGCUUUAUCCAAGAUUUGUGAAGAUAUUCCGCAAGAGCUUGAUGUAGAUGUACCUGGAUUAGCCGAACGUCCUAUCAAUGUAUUCCUUCCCAGAUUAUUCCAGUUCUUCCAAUCAUCACACGCUUCACUCAGAAAGCUUUCCUUGGGUGCUGUUAAUCAGUUCAUCAUGUUGAUGCCAACAGUUUUGGUUCGAUCUAUGGAUCAAUUUCUCCAGGGCUUGUUUGUUCUUGCUACUGAUCCUACUGCAGAGGUGCGAAAAUUGGUUUGUUCUGCCUUUGUUCAGAUUAUUGAAGUUCGUCCGUCUUUCUUGGAGCCUCAUCUGCGAAAUAUUGGUGAAUAUAUGUUGCUGGCUAACAAGGACACAGACGAUGAAGUGUGUCUUGAAGCUUGUGAAUUUUGGUCAGCAUAUUGUGAAGCGCAGUUACCUCCUGAAAACUUAGUAGAGUUCUUGCCGCGUCUUAUUCCACUAUUGCUGUCGAACAUGGUUUAUGCUGAGGAUGAUGAGUCACUUGUUGAUGCUGAGGAGGACGAGUCUUUCCCAGAUAGAGAUCAGGAUCUGAAGCCACGUUUUCAUGCAUCACGAUUUCAUGGAUCAGAAAAUGCAGAAGAUGAUGAUGAUGACGACAUAGUCAAUGUUUGGAAUCUAAGGAAAUGCAGUGCAGCUGCUCUUGAUAUCCUCUCAAAUGUGUACGGUGACGAUCUACUCCCAACACUGAUGCCUUUGGUUCAGGCCAAGCUAGCCAAUGGAGGCGAUGAAGUGUGGAAGGAAAGAGAAGCUGCUGUUUUGGCAUUUGGAGCAAUAGCUGAAGGUUGCAUCAAUGGUCUUUACUCUCAUCUGCCAGAGAUCGUGUCGUUCCUCAUCCCUCUUUUAGAUGAUAAAUUUCCUCUUAUAAGAAGCAUCACCUGUUGGACACUGUCUCGUUAUAGCAAGUUUGUUGUUCAGGGGGUUAGCCAUCAAAAAGGUUAUGAACAAUAUGAGAAGGUGUUGAUGGGACUUCUGCGAAGAGUAUUAGAUACUAACAAACGUGUACAAGAAGCUGCUUGUUCAGCCUUUGCUACACUUGAAGAGGAGUCUGCAGAGUUGUUGGGUCCACAUUUGGAGAUUAUUCUGCAGCACCUCUUGUGUGCCUUUGGGAGAUAUCAGAAGCGAAAUCUCCGGAUUGUGUAUGAUGCCAUUGGUACUCUAGCAGAUGCUGUUGGGGAAGAGCUAAAUCAGCCCAGGUGUCUUGAGAUUCUGAUGCCUCCAUUAAUCUCAAAGUGGCAGCAACUCUCAAAUUCAGAUAAAGAUCUUUUUCCUUUGCUUGAGUGCUUUACGUCAAUAGCACAGGCAUUAGGUCCCGGAUUUUCGCAGUUUGCUGAACCUGUAUUUCAGAGGUGCUUAAGCCUCAUCCAGACCCAACUGAUGGCAAAGGUUGAUCCUGUCUCGGCUGGAGUUCAGUAUGAGAAGGAAUUUGUUGUCUGCUCCUUGGACCUUCUCUCAGGGCUUGCAGAAGGUCUUGGCAGUGGAGUAGAGAGUUUGGUUGCACAAAGCAGUUUAAGGGAACUACUUCUCCAAUGCUGCCAGGAUGGUUCUUUAGAUGUCCGACAAAGUGCUCUCGCGCUUCUGGGAGAUCUUGCAAGAGUUUGUCCUACACAUUUGCAUCCUUCUCUGUCAGAGUUUCUCACUGUUGCAGCUAAACAACUGAGCACCCCUGAGCUCAAAGAAACUGUAUCAGUGGCAAAUAAUGCAUGUUGGGCGAUUGGAGAAUUAGCAGUCAAAGUUCGCCAAGAAGUUUCUCCUGUUGUGAUGACAGUUAUCUCAUGCCUAGUCCCUAUUCUGCAAAAUGCACAGGCUCUCCACAAGUCACUUGUCGAAAAUAGUGCCAUCACUCUUGGAAGGCUCUCAUGGGUCUGUCCCGAUCUUGUAUCACCUCAUAUGGAGCAUUUCAUGCAAUCGUGGUGUACUGCUUUGUCCAAGAUCCGUGAUGAUGUUGAGAAAGAGGAUGCUUUCCGGGGUCUAUGUGCGAUGGUUAGGGCAAAUCCUUCAGGGGCAUUGAGUUCUCUUGUGUACAUGUGCAUAGCUAUCGCAAGUUGGCACGAAAUAAGGAGCGAGGAAUUGCAUGACGAAGUUUGUCAAGUGUUGAAUGGGUAUAAACAGAUGCUAAGAGAUGGAGCAUGGGAACAGUGCAUGUCAGCUUUGGAUCCUGCCGUUAAGGAAAAAUUGUCAAAAUAUCAAGUAUAACUGUGUUGAUCAAAUGUUGUGUUUUAUCUUAUCGUGGUUGACAUCAGUCAACAGUUUGGAGCUGUAUAUGUGUGAGAUCUCUGGUAUUGUUUUCUAUUGUGGGGGUUCUUUAGAUGAGGUUGCGGGAGUCGUAGUUGCCCUGGGAGAGUAUAUUAAGAUGAAAACAAAGGAUCAAAUUGUGGAGAUCCCGUAGCAGAAUAUGAAGUACUGCGGAUUCUUCAGUUUUUAUUUUUAAAUGGUGGUUCUUUACUGAUCAGCAGUCAGAAGUUGUGGAUCUGAAGAAGCUGAGGCUGAUCUGUGAGGUCAAUAUGGACUCCAUGGGUGCGGCUUUUCAAGCACUUUGGGGAACAUUUUUGACCUCUCCCCCCUUGUUUUGUAUUCAUUAGUCAAAAAAAGGAAAAGAGGAGUAUUUUUUUAUACUAUUUUUAAGCCAUAAUUUGUCUCGUCAUUUCUAUGUCAGUGGAGUCAUCUGUGUUUUCACCUUCCACUGGUUGUGAUAUAAUAGUAAAUCUGUUCAUGAGUGAUAAAUUUUCUUGGUUGAUUUCUACAAAUUGUUUAUGAUAGUAAGAUGAAACUCUUGGUGCAGCUUUUUUUUGA